CGUGACUUUAGAGACACGUGUACAGGGAAGCAGGAAGUAAAUAAGCCGCACUUUGGUCGCUUGGUGUCUGCAUUGGCAGUGUCAGGUGAAGCAGCAGUAUGCUUGCAGACUGCAGUCCAGUGGUGCAGGCUCUGCUGGGGACUCUCCUCACCUGGGGGCUCACAGCUGCAGGAGCUGCUCUUGUCUUCAUCUUCUCUAGCACCCAGAAGAAGAUCUUGGAUGGAAGUCUGGGCUUUGCAGCAGGGGUGAUGUUGGCGGCCUCAUACUGGUCCCUACUGGCCCCUGCUAUUGAAAUGGCAGAAGAAUCUGGCAAAUAUGGGUCGUUUGCAUUCUUCCCUGUUGCUAUUGGCUUUGUCCUGGGAGCAGCAUUUGUUUAUUUUGCAGAUCUAAUGAUACCAUUUCUGGGAGUUGAGACGGACCCACAUUUGGCUUUGACCCUGUCUUCUGGUGCCAAACCAGCAAAAGCAAAAGCGGAGGACCCUGUAGCCCCACCCACAACUGAAGAGCUGUCAAUCAGGAUAGGUAGAGGAGGAAGUCACUUAGAUAAAAUAGAGAAUGGAGACGUUCACCAUAGAAGAAAAGGAAACUACUUUGGUCAAGUAGCAGAAGAGAAGGAAGUGGGCGCUAGACCAAAGGAAGUCAUUUGUCCGUCAGCAAGCAGCUGGAGACGGAUAGUGUUGUUAAUUCUGGCUAUAACCAUACACAACAUUCCUGAGGGCUUGGCUGUUGGGGUGGGUUUUGCAGCUGCUGGAAAAACCCCCUCUGCUACAUUUGAGAGUGCCAGAAACCUGGCUAUAGGCAUAGGCAUUCAGAAUUUCCCUGAAGGCCUUGCAGUGAGUCUGCCGCUGAGAGGCUCUGGAUUGUCCACAUGGCGAGCCUUCUGGUAUGGACAGCUCAGUGGGAUGGUGGAGCCGUUGGCAGGGCUGCUAGGCGCGGUUGCGGUGGUGGUGGCUGAGCCAUUGCUACCCUAUGCACUGGCAUUUGCUGCAGGGGCCAUGGUUUAUGUUGUUGUUGAUGACAUCAUUCCCGAAGCUCAAGUCAAUGGCAAUGGGAAGCUGGCUUCCUGGACCUCCAUACUUGGCUUUAUUGUGAUGAUGUCACUGGACGUUGGCUUGGGAUAAAGAGCUUUUAUUCACCAGAGAUGACAGAAGGACUUUACAGGUCUUCUAAAAAGAGACCAAAUGAACCAUCAUAUCAAAAUCAGGGUUAAUGCGUUGGAGAAUGCCUUGGAGUCUUUUACUCCUCUUUUUAUUAUUAUUUUUUAAAUUAAUAUAAAACUUGAUAAAUGAUUAAUUCAUAAAUAAAGAAAUACUUGAAUGUCACUUAAAUAAGAGGUUGUGUGAGGUUGUGGUUUGCUUAUUGCAGUUUAUCCAUUGUUUCUCUGACACAAUAUGAAGCUGGUUUGUUGAUUAAAACUCUAAACUGUCUUCCUACAUGGAGA